UUUAUGUAGAUGUGUGUGUCGCAAGUCAGUCUCCCACCUGAACUCCAUAUGCAGAGAUAAGCAGAAUUCCUGCAAACAAACCUGAGUAGAGUUCAGCAGUCUGUUCAGAACUCCGUUGGGUUUGGUGACGUCUGGUGACUCAGACAGUGACGCAGGUUACAGAGUGAGACUGUUGGUUCGUUAAAGAAGUUAAUUUAACCCGAAACAAAAUAGAAACCAGAAAAAAACAUUGUGACUCGUCUCCAUUCGCUGAAAAGUAAAACCACAUGUGUUGUGUUUGUUUCCAGGCUUGUGACCUCACACCUGCUGCUGAUCGCUGGAUUCUUGAUCAAACCUGAACCCGGAGCAGUCGAGACCCGAUAAAGGAACAUCUGUGACACUAAAAACCUCCAGAGGAAACGAACAGCUUUGGUUGUGUAAUCAGCUGACACGUUACGACGGCUGUGAUUGGUCGGUGAACCGGGGAAAAUCGGCCUUAUUGGUUGUUAGAAUUGUUUAAAGGUCGACCCAAAUGGCAGCGUCGGAACUGAUCCAGGACGACGAGGACGUCCGCCCCCACGUGGAAGUUAACGUGACCACUGCGAAUCCUGACACUCCUCCCCAUCCUCCGAGGGUCGCCAACGGAAAUCCAACCCGCCACACCUCUUCGCCGCCAACGCCGCCUUUACCGCCUUUACCGCCGCCGUCUGCCGCCGCAGCCGAAAAGCAGCCGGAGUGCAGCAAACUGAGCAGCCUGUUCAAACAGAACCAGCUGAUCAACUCCCUGAGCAGCGGGCUGAGGCGCCACUGCGACUACGUGAAGAUCGCCGUGCCGGAUGAGCGGGCCAACCACCUCCCCGCCGAGUGGUGGAAGACCGCCGUGGCCUUCCUCUACGCGCUGUUCAUCCUGGUCUUCACCACCGUCAUCAUCACCGUGGUCCACGAGAGGGUGCCGGACAAGUCGGUGAGCCCGCCGCUGCCGGACAAGUUCUUCGACUACGUGGACCGCGUGCCCUGGGCCUUCACCGUCACCGAGGUCAACGGGCUCAUCCUGUGCGGACUCUGGCUCGUCCAGCUGAUCUUCCUCAAGCACAAAGCUAUCGUGGGCCGUCGCUGUUUCUUCCUCAUCGGGACUCUCUACAUGUAUCGCUGCGUCACCAUGUACCUCACCACCCUGCCGGUGCCGGGGAAACACAUGGUCUGCGCUCCAAAGCUGUACAACGACUCCACGGGGAAAAUCUGGAGGAUUUUGAGUUUGAUCUCAGGAGGAGGUUUGUCUCUGACCGGAUCUCACCUGAUGUGUGGUGACUUCCUGUACAGCGGUCACACCGUCAUGUUGACGCUCUCCUACCUCUUCAUCCAGGAGUACUCCCCCCGGUGGAUGUGGUGGUAUCGCUGGUUCUGCUGGUUGCUCAGCGCCUCGGGAGUCGUCUGUAUCCUCGUCGCCCACGAGCACUACAGCAUCGACGUGUUGAUCGGAUACAUCGCCACCACCAGGACCUUCUGGUGGUACCACACCAUGGCCAACACGCAUGCGCUGCGUCAAGCUCCCAACAACUACCUGUCGAGGACGUGGUGGAACCCCGUCUUCAACUUCCUGGAGAGGAACGUCCAGACGACGGUUCCCAUCGUGUUCUCGUGGCCGGUGGCGCUGCCGUCGUCCUGCAGGCAGCGGUACAGGAUGGUGGAGGGGGGGAGGGACGAGUAACGGAGGAGGGCUGAGUCCUGAAUGAUCGUUUAUUUAUUUGAAAACAGCAUUUCCAGCUCCACGAGGAGGAGGAGGAGGAGGAAGAAGAAGAAGAAGAGACGUUUACAUUAUUGUGAUCUCCUGCUAUUUAUUCAUCGAGUUUAAUAAUUCAUCGUGUAGCAUGAAUCUGGAUGAGUUGUGUUUGAUACAUUUGAGCGUUUCCAUUAAAAACAUUCUUAUAAGAAAUGCAUGAAAUGAGGAAAAGGAAACAUCUUCAGAUUGUGAGGCAGUUCAAGAAUUUAUCGUGGCAUUCGUUUGGUUAUACUGGCCGAGCUUCUCUUGUGUCCUAGCUGCACUUGUAUUUUUCAUCCUUGCAUCCUUGCAUUAACAUCUGUCUUGAUCUAAUUUAAGGUUUAAAUACGCUCAAUAUGCCAAAGGUGUCAGUAAACCCAAACGACCAUCCUGCAAGCUGCCGUAAUACGAGUUCCAAUUCCAGCUGCAGCUUCUAAAAAUGGACUUCGGUUGUAGAUCCUGCUGCUCAAACGCCAACAGAUCCACCAGCUGAAGAGGCGAAAAGCAGCUUUUCAUAAGUUUGCUUUGUAACAGCUCGUAUGUGUAGACAAGCAGUUGCGAUACCGGUGCUGCUGUUCACGUAUUUGCCCGUAAAUUGUGUGAACCUGGAGGAUUAAAACGUUCAUCAACUGGCCAAACAACCAGAAUAUCUUCCAGGAGAACAGAAUUCAAACACGAGGAUGAAGCGGAAAAUAAGUAGUUUCUCUCUCUGACUACGUUUACAUGCACACUAAUAUGCCACUAUUAUUAACAAUAUGACAAUGUUCUGAAUCUGUAAAAGUCAUAUUCUUAUUUUGAAUGGAGCGGUUUCUGAUUAGAACGUGAGCGAUGGUACUCAGCUGUUCGGAGCGUUCUGACAUUCGCCACGUUAGCUUCGUGGGAAUGUUGCCUUUUUUUGUAAUAUGGAGCAAAAAAACUGAAUAUUUUGUGCUGGUUAACAUGUUCACUGUUCCAUCGUCUGAUUAGGACUGGGUUUCACAAAUACACAAGAUGUUUCUGCUUAUUCUGUUUUUCUCAUUUACUUAAAUUACUCAAAUGUUAAAUGUUGCUAAACACAAGAAACGCUCCAAAGCCGACAGAAUUAUGAUUUAAAUCUGAUUACAACAAUGAAACUAGACUUUCACUGUGUACACAGUUGGGUCGAUGCCAUUAAAAGUUUAUACCCAGCGUGAAAAACUCAAUGACAGAGGACUUCAUCUUGUUAGCAUGCUAACCGGCGGCGACAGGAGAAUUUAUUUCCAGAACGGAUGAUUGGCAUCGAAGGAGAAGUUGAUCCACGAUUCCUCUUCUUGGUGGAGAAUGUGGAUUUAUCUUUAGCGUUGAAGCUAAACGUGGCUGCCGAUUUAAAAACAAAACACAAACAUCUGUGGCUUCGAUUCAUGCCGUCAACAAGAAACAUAUCCUCAAACUGAAUUCUGUUGCAUUGUCAAAUAACAAAUGGAGAUGUUUUCUUAAAUUGUAGACUUUUCUUUACCAGAAAACUGGCCUUGCUGUGGAGGGGAAGCUUGUGGUGUUGAAGUGGGUUCAGUUAGCAACAUGCUAGUGCCAACGAUGCUAAAAACAAGGUGAGCUCACAUGGAGGUCAAAAGUACCACGUUCUGAGUAUUGUUGUAAAUGUCUUCCUGUACAUGAUUAUUGUUGUUUAAGUUAUAUUUAUAUUUAUUCAAAAUAUGUAAAGAGACGCUGAGGUCGGUGGUAUCUGUUGUUCUUGAUAUUAAAAUGAAUCGUGAAACAAUAACUUCUACUCGCUGGUAGAACUGCUGCUGAUUUAAAGUUGGACUCAUGAAGGUGGUCCUUCCACAAGAGUUACUUUCAUCAAAAUGUUGCCUGAUGUUUCUGGUUCUCACACUUCAUCGUAAGUGGACUUGAACAAAGUGUCACAGUCAGUUUGCUUUGAUAAUAAAAAGAUUUAUUUUCAUUUCUAAGAGUUGGUGUUGACGAUUGAUUGUUGUGUUCGUGAAACGGUGGUUUUCAGAUUAUCUCCUCAAGAUGAAUUUUAAGAU